GGGCAAAAACCGCACCGCCCCGCACCAUUGCCAAUUGCCAUGUCUAAACUGACUGCCUAUCAUCACAACAUCUUCAUCUUCUACCUCUCAACUUGACAUCACCAUCGACUCGAUAGUCGAAAUUCAUACGAGCAAAACCCUAAACCCUCCUUGAACGUGUUUUCUCAAUUCCUUUCCUCAAACUCACACUGCACCCAUCUUAUUUCGUUUUCAAAACCUAAAUUUGUCUCUAUCCAACGAUAAUCGAAAUUCUUUCGUAUUUCCCCUUCUUCUGUUAAGCGCAUUAUUUAUGGCUUCUUCUUCGGUAAUCACUCCCGAAGAUGUUUUGGAAUCGCUUAUGAACGACGGAACAAUUGAUGCCCUCAGAUUGAAGAUCAUCAACCAGCUCAAAGCCAAUGAGGAAUUGAAGAGUACUACUAUAAAAAUGGCUGAACAGAGUAAGGUUCUCAACACACCUGGGGCUGAGAAACAGACUAAAAGAGAACUCUUUGACGCCCUUCGCCAAGAACUCGAAGCUUCUGUACUUGAGAAAGCUUCAAAAUCAGUUUGGGAUUUAAUUUUAGACAACAAUGGCCUGGGAAAGGAGAUAAGUGAGACAGUUGAAAGAGUGUUUUGCCGAUUGAGUGGCCAGGAACCUCCUUUAUUUCCGCUUCUAAAUGGAGAACCACAACCUGAUAAGGAGGCUGACAGCAGAAAAGAAAAAGGUAAAGGAAAGCAGAAAGAAAAUGAGAAUACAAGUUUGAUCACUCCAUUGAAGAAAAGAAGCUUCAGUGAAGUGAAUUCGGAUUGUGCAGAUGAAACUACCACCAGGACCUCCGAUCCUGCAGCAAUAUCAGAAGGUUCUGGCAAAUCGCCUUUAUUGAUUUCAAAGACUUGACAAGUGAGUUCAACAAGUGGUGUAAUGGAAGUGAUCGCAUCUGGUAAAUAUAUUGUAGCAAUUGUAGGACUUCACUGGAAUUUUAAUUUUAAUAUUUGAAUUUACUCUU